AGUAAUGUUAUUUCCUGCUUAGCAACAAACAACAUGGCAGACCAAGAAGAAAGACCACCGUCUGGUGACAAACCUGGCCUAGAAAAUGUUGUAGCAGAUGCAACAGUGAAAGCUUUACAGGAGUUUGAUACUGGUGACAUGGAAAAACCAGUUGAGCCUGAAGCAGACAAAGAACCUGCAGAUCCUGUCCGCCCUGCUUCAGUGAAAUCAGGUUCCCGUCCAACAUCAGCAAGACCAGGAUCAAAAGCAGGAUCUCGUCCAACAUCAGCCAAACCUGCUUCUCCUGCCGGCAGUGGAAGGGCUUCAGCUGCUGGAGAGAGACCUACUUCAGCAACACGUCCUGCUUCUAGAAACAGACCCCCAUCUCAAACUGGCAGUCGUCCUACAUCAGCAGCAAAAGGGGGGUCUAGGCCCACCAGUGGCAAACCCAAGUCACGACCAACAAGUGCUAAACCUGUAGUAGAACCUGAACAGCCUCCAGAGCCAGCCCAGGAACCUGAAGUUCCAGAUGAUGAGUUGUCUUCACCACAACAUGGCAUUAAAGCACCGCCACAAACUGCUGAAGGUGGACAGGGUAUGUCUGCUGACCAAGAUGCAUACAACUAUCAGCCCCCUCCACAGCAACCCCCCACCACAGACUACGGAGCUCUGGUUCAUCGUCCACCAGGAGGUGAUGGAGGCGAUGGGGGCGGGGAUGGCGACAGUGAUGGGGAUGAUGAUGAUGAAGAAGAAAUGGAAGAUGUAGAUGAAGCAGAGUCAGAAGGAAGUGAUGAAGAUGGUGAUAUGGUUGUCCUGGAUCCAGACCAUCCAUUGAUGCAAAGAUUCCAGAAUGCUUUGAAAUCCCACCUAAACAAGCAAAAUGAGAAGGUCUCACUGGAGCUGAGAGAACUAGAGGAGGCACUAAGGAAUCGUAAAAAAGAACGUGAGGAUCUUGGUGUAGAAUUGUACGGUGUCCAGCAGGAGCUUGCGCGCUACCAGAUGAUGCUUGAGAAAAAUCAUGACGAGUACUCCCAGCUAGCUCAGGCACGAAUCCAAGAGGAACAACAACUCCAGGAUGUCCGGUCAAUGUACAAGGAUUCCCAAACAACAGUCAACAAAGAAAAAAAGAAAUACUCUGAGCUCCAGAGCGAGGUUGAGAAUCUUGCCCUUCGUCUGUUCUACAUGCAAAAUGCAAAGGAAGAUGUGAGGUCAGAUAUAGCCAUAAUGAGGAGGGCUGCUGAGAAAGCUGAAACUGAAGUGUCAAAAUCGGAAAUCGAAAAACAAAAACAGGAUCUGUUUGUUGAUCGCCUUGUGGAAAGAGUUGACAAGUUGAAGGAGGAAAUCGCUAUGUAUGAGGCACAGAUCACAGCACAGACAGAGGAAACUUUAGCCGCCAAGGAGGCACUCACUGAAGCUCACAUGGAAAUUGAGGCAAUUGGCCUUGAGAAGAAGCAACUUUUCCAGCAGUGGAACAGUUCUCUGAUUGGAAUGAGGCGGCGAGACGAAGCUCAUUCAGCCAUGCAAGAAGCUUUAGAACAACAACAACAGAAAGUAUUAUCCCUUGAAACUGAAAUUGAAGGAUAUAAAAAGUCCAUUUUCAAGGAACAAGAACAAAACGAAAAACUGACAUUGAUUUUAAACAAGACUGAGCGUGACAUUGAAACUGUGAGAAAAAUGCUCAGUCAAUCUCAAGCAAAGCAUGAUGCUUUGAAAGCAGAAUAUGCAACCUAUACCAGGAUGUUACAUGAGACGGAGCAGGCACUUAACCGUGCCGUUACAGAUAAGACGUUGCGUAUGAAUGAGUUAAACGCCUUGAGGAAGCAAAUUGAGCGUGAAUACCUGGAGAAAGUUCAGUUGGAAGAUGCUAUUAUGGAAAAGAUGAGAAGUCAGUUGACCAUGGACAAAGCCUCUCAGUACACUCGCAAACUCACUGCCAAAAAACGGGAGCUCACCAAACAGCUGGAGACACAAAUGGCAGAAGUUGAGAACACUAUUUCAUCAGAAUCACUAGAGAUUUCCAAUGUUCAGACAAGAAUUGAACGACUGGAUAAAAUUAUGAGAGGUUUGGAUCAAGAAAUUGGUGCUAAGAAUGACAUCAUUAACAGAAGCGAAGCUGAGAUCGUCAAACGGAAUGCAAUCAUUGAGAGGAAGCAGAAUAUCAUAGAUCAGUACAAUAAAAAACUGGAGGUGCUCAUCAGCAAUGCAGGGGGUGUGGAGCUUGGACCAUUGGAAAUCAACAUCAAUUCCCUGCAGAAAUCCAUAGAAGCUCGUCUCCAGGAGAUUGCUGAACUUCAGCAGCUUUGGCUCCGUCAGCAAACAGAACUAGUCCAUCUGACCAAGGAGAAGGACAGCCAAUCAGAAUCUGUUGAGAAACUGAAAAAACAGCUCACGAUCCUUUCACAGAAAAAGAUCCGUACACAAGGAAACAUAGACGAGGAACGACGGGAGACAUAUGAUAUCGAACGUAACAUCACCAACAUGCAAAAUGACAUGUUAAAACUGAACCAGCUCCUUCAUAAGGAGACCAAUAUUCAAACCAAUCUACAACAGGAUAAUAUCCUGCUAGAACAGGACUUCAUCAGGGCCCUCAAGGAGGCAGAGCUCGACUCUAUUGAGAAACAAGCCAAUUUGGACUCCAUCAAGGAGGAGAAAGAACGACUUCUCAACAGCCUUGUAGAAGCAGAACGCCAGAUAAUGCUUUGGGAGAAGAAAACCCAGUUGGCGCGCGAGACCCGAGCGGCUGUGGACUCCGAGGUGGGACAGGGCGAGAUUAAGGCUAUGAACGCAGAGAUACACCGAAUGACAGUUCGCCACACACAGCUGAUGAAACAACAAGAGAAGAUGAUACAGGAGAUGGAGAAAGCAGUGUCACGGAGAGACACUAUUGUCACACGGGGAGACGCCCAGCAGAAGACAAACAAGAAUGUUCUUACUAAAGGAACAUUUGAAAGACAAAUGGCUGAACUAAGAAAGAAAAUUAAACAUACAAUUCAGGAGGCUAACUCAUGUGACAGUGAGAUACAGGAGUUACGGGACCACCAGCAGGAACUGAGUAGCCAGCUGGAACAGAACCAAGUUACUGUCCAACAUCUACAAAGUAAUUCUGACACCAUGGAUGGUGAUAUAGAACGACUUCUAGAGGUCAAGCAGAAGAACAUGACAGAAAUUCUAGAAAAACAACAGAAAACAAAGUACUUCCAACAGGCUAAAGAUGGAAAGUACACUAUGCUGUGUAAAUCGGAGUCUUCACUAGAAAAUGAAAGUACGAAGCAGGUGGACCGUAUGCAAGCUCUCAGCGCCAUCGUAGACAGACUUAACCAAGAGUUCCCUCACGUACAACCUGCCAUGCGGCGCGUGUCCUUGGCCCUCAGUGCACGUGCUGAGAGCAAUGAAGGUUAAAAGCCUGGAGUGUUUCUUGGUCAAUGAUCUGAUUGUUGUCCUGAAUAUUCACCAAAAAAAAGUCUUUCAUGUCACAUUCCACUCUGUCACUAGAAUAUUUACUCUUGUUGAAAGUUUUCAAUCUUGCGUACAUUCACAUAUGAAGUUGUCAAUUCUGUUUAUAUCUUGAUAAAACAGCGACAUCUGCGGAAAGAAAAUGUCUUUUAAAAAUUAGUAACUGUCUAUUCCUGUAGCGAUCAAAACAAAGUCAAGAUGUUUUCAUAAAUCCCCACCAUCGAUAAUUUAAUUUUAUAGUUCUGUACAAGUAAUUAUAUGAUAGGAUUAUUUUGUAAUAACUGGUAGGGUUUAGAAUUACUGAGUUCUGUCUUGUGACAUGAGGAUACAGCUCCUUCACAGAAGAAAGGCUACACACAUAUAUCUGUGAUAAACAUAUACAGGCCAAAAUCUUGUCCUGUUGGCUUGCAUUUGGCUUGAUUUUACAUUAAAAAGUACUAUGUAAAUAUGAUGCUGAGAAGAGGGUGUCCGGC